CAACUGGUCCACGGAUUUCCCGCCUCCAUGCUUGGCCCAGACUGAAAGCCCCCGAGCCGCGCCGUGACACUCUUGUGCAAACCAUCCAUCCUCAACCUCCCUCAUUUCUUCCUUCUCCCUCUUCACCUCUGUAUCUUCACUGUGCUUCUAGUUCCUUGAUCCACCCCACCUCUUAUCUCAAGCUUACCCUCCAACCCCACAGCUACUGGUUCCACUUCACCCCGGAACUGCAGCUGCCUCAAACCGACGUGACCGUUAUCGAUAAGGAGCAGGCACCUCUCUGCCCUCUAUAUCAACACCACCACCACAGCUUCUACCCGACUUCACACCCUACCUUCUAAGCAGCUCCCUCUUCUGGGCCUCGAGCUGAACUCUCGAGCAGCGUCCUUUCAGCACCAAACGAUCCAUACAUGUGCUACCAUACUCCUCCCUCGCAGCCAUGAGUGUCACCACUUCGGCCGCGGCUAUCGAUCCGCCGUCGCUUCUGUUUGGGCAGCCUUCACCCUCACCUCCUUCCUUCUCCAGCCCAGUCCAUUCUCCAACCGACGCAUCCGACACAGCGACACCUUCAGCAUCACCCCCAGAGGCGCCCCGAGACAUCGAGAUGAGCACAUCCACCACAUUCGCGCUGCCGGACGGCCAGAAUCACGAUCGGGAAGAGGAUGCCUUCAUGCACGACCUCGAUGCGCCUUCCCAUGUGCACACUGGGUCUGGUGCCGACGCCGCACCCGCUCCACCCGACUCCACGAUUGCUGUGCAUGUCACUGCCGUCGACGAGGACGCCAUGGAUAUCACACCAGACACUAGCCAGGCCUCGGUGCUACCAGAUGGCUUACCGGAUCCACGACCGCGUCCCAGCCUCGAGCCCCCGUCCGAGCUGGACGCAACCACCAUGGGAGGCCAGGGUACUACCGGAAAUGGCGAAGGUAGUCUGCCUCCGGCAGAUGUUGCACUGCGUGCUCCUCCCAUUGAGCCCCCGCAAAUCGACCUCAGCUCCCAACCUCCGCCGCCACCACCGCCCGACAUGACUCGUUCAGAGUCCGAAUCUUCAGACGAGGAAGAUGAUGACUCUGACCAACCCUGGCAUCCUCUCCACGAAGACACGUCUUCCCCAGAUGAGGACGAAUUGAAGGAAAUAGAGGCUCGCGGCGAAGUGAGUGCGCUGGACCACGACCACUGGGAGAGGCUGGCCUACAAUGACGACGCGAUCAAGGACCCGGAAUAUACUCCCGGGCCUACUGGGCGCAUCGAGUGGGCCAUUGACAAUUACAACGGCACAAGGGAGAACCCUAAUAAGGAGCUGGUCAUGAAAUCCUCGCCUGUUAACAUCGGAGGCCAUGAGUGGCAGAUCAAGUUUUAUCCAAAGGGCAACGAUUCGGAUUAUCUCAGCAUCUACGUCGAAUGCAUCACUAUGCAAGGGAACCAAGACAAACUUGAUGAGCAGGAAAACGGCCAAACCGGCUCCAAUGAAGGCGAUUCGUCGAUAAUCGCGGAGGGCAACGGUAGUGCGCAGCCUCUUGAAAGCGCAGAGCUUCAACCUGCGCCGUUACCACUUAUAGAUUCGGCAUUCGCUCCAAGGCGGAAAGGAGUUGCUGCGCAGAUCGCUGUCGUGCUGUACAACCCAUCCGAGCCUCGCGUCAACUAUUUCCGGACCUCCACUCAUCAUUUCUGUAGUGCCUCACCCGACUGGGGCUGGACAAGGUUUCACGGCCCUUACUAUGACAUUCCUCAUCGAGUUCACGGCCAACGUCAAGCACUACUUCGUAAUGACAAACUCGCCUUCACUGCAUACAUCCGUCUUGUGGACGAUAGCACCGGAUGCCUCUGGGAACAUCCCAGCUCGUCCAAUCCAUGGGACAGUUUUGCAAUGACUGGCCUACAGGGCCUACGGUCGCCUUCAUCGACCUCUCAUGGCGGUAAUCUGAUCUCAGCUAUUGCGACCUGGACGCACUUUAAGCCAUUCCGACAAUUCCUUUACUCCGUGAUCAAGGAUGGAUAUUCAGAAAUGACUCUCCAAUCCCGACCAAGAGUGCUGGUCAAUGCCUUGAUAGAGAUUCUAUGCGACUUACGAACCCCUCCGAAACCUGGGAGCGGACCAGUAUCUUUAGAACCUGUGUUAGAAGCGCUCGAGUUUCAUGGCAUCUGGGAAAGCGCUCUGAAGGGUAUGGACGUGAUGGAGAUAUGGGAAACUCUUCGUCUUAAACUGGAAGAAGAACUCCACAGCAGUCCACACGCUCAUCUUCUGGAUACACUGUUCGGGCCAAAGAAGGACCAUUGCUUGCAAGUACCGAACUACCGAAUCCCCGUGGUGAACUCUCCUAGCAUCCAGGCUGGCAUUGACUCCGCUCCCGACUUUGCGCAUUCCUCACAGCCAUUGCCACAGCUUUUAACGGUCGAACUGGCGCGUCAGGAUUUUGACCUCGGAUCUCGUUCCUAUGUCAAGUUGCUCAAUAAGGUUUCCCUUGAUGAACACAUCACCGUUCACCAGGUACCCUAUACACUCCUUGGAUUCAUCGUCCACAAGCAGGGCUUGCAAUCCUACCUCUACCAACCCAUCCUUCGACCUGGAGGGCCGGGGACCAAGUGGUACACAUACACCGAUGGUAAAGAAGAGAAUAUGGUCAAAUGCUUAACCAAGCGCCAAGCCCUUGACGAGCAUGAGGGAAGGUCCGGGACUGGGAAAGUUACUGGGAACGAUGCCGUGGCUUAUAUCGCCCUAUACGUACGGGAUGACAUGGAACAACCAGCGUUUACGUCACAAACAGACCCAGAACCCUGGCCUGAAACCACCAACCCAUCGCCCGAUCAAGACGCAACCCCUGCCACUGUGGACCUGGUGGCGAUCGAUUCCAAGGCGUUCAUGCAGCACGAAGGCCCUGGUAUCCUCGACCUUUUCAACUCUUCAUGGAAAUCCAGCGACACUGAUUAUGUGUAUUCGGUGCGAAUCUCGGCCGAGGAUGAUUAUGAGGGCAUUUGUGAGAAGCUCGUGGCGGUCAUUCCCGGCGUUGAAGAUGCACGCCAGAUAAAAUUUUGGUUUAUUGACCCUCUUUCCGGAACCUUUGCACGCCCCAGAUUUCUUGACUUCGGCACAGGAUCCUCAGAUCUCGGCUCAAAAGCUAGGACCAAGCUGGCGUGGGUCCAUGUGACGGACCUGAAUGAUCUCCCGAAGGAAGAGAAGGCGUCCCCUCCAGUCCAUCAAGAUGGCAUGGGCCCACAAGUCAGCGUCGAUGCUCCUGAGGGGUUUAUCCGCAGUCCUUCUCCGUUACCCUCAAGCUCUCCCUUGCAGGCGUCGUCGAAUGACCAGGCCUCUGGGACCACGGCCGCCCCUUCGGUCGUGGAGCCUCCGCCGUUGUCAGGCGACUCUCCUAUGAGCGAUUACGAAGAACACCAUAACACCGCUGUCCAAACGACAGCUGACCGAGGAGAUGAAGCUGUCACCGACGCCUCCAUGGGCGAGGCGGAAGUAGAGGUUUCGAUCGUAGGAACUCCUAAUAUUGAUCCCCCGGCUGUGGAUGUUGUCAUAUCUACCUCAGCUGCCCCCGUAGCGGACACUGAGAUGGAUGUAACCCAAGACACCAUUCCCCCUCCCCCUCAUCCAUCGAUGUGGGCCGAUCCUGGUACUGAACCAGCUUCGGCGGCACCACCUGCUAUGAAAGAAGCUGACACCACGGAAACCCCAACCAGCGGCCUUCUGUUCAUCAAGCUGUUUGAUGCCGAGACGCAAACUCUUCAGCCACAUAGUUAUCAUCUCGUUCCGCAUGCCGAGAAGGUAAAAGAGUUCGUAUUGAGGAAGCUGAACUUUCCACCAGACCAAAAGAUUGAGCUCUUGCAGGAGGGUGGUUGUUAUAACCAUCAUCUGCAGCAAAUCCUUGCCGCCGAUACGUGGGCAGACAUUGAGGUGGCUCACGUUGGUGUUGUCAUCGUCAAUACACCCCCUUCUGCUCAAAAGCGUGAAGAACUUGCGGCUCGAGCGGCACUUGCCGACGUCGAAGACUACUUUACGAACCGGCUGUAUGCUCGCAACUUCUCUAAUCGUUUGAACGGCCACUUCAUCUUCGACUAUUUCUCCUCUCAAUAUUACAAGGGGGAAGUGAAGAACGGUCACCGUCAUGGCCACGGCAUGCUCAUCUACCACGAUGGCGCAACCUACGAGGGCAGCUUCCGCCUUCAUCAACGGCACGGUCACGGUCUCUACACCUUCCAGAACGGCGAUACUUACGAUGGCGAUUGGGUAGCCGACCAGCAGCAUGGAUCCGGUACCUUUGUCGAAGCCUCGACCGGGAACACCUAUGUCGGCGGGUGGAAGAACAACAAGAAGUACGGGGAGGGUGUGACGCAUUGGAAGAGCGCACAGGAGACGGAACGACUGUGCAGGAUCUGCUGGGAAGACGAAGCCGAGGCGGCUUUUUAUGACUGCGGCCAUGUUGUUGCAUGCAUGGAAAAGAUCAAGACGGAUGGGGAUGAUUUGGUACAAUGUGGCGAAUUUAGGAUACAUGGCAUCUGGUGGGGUGUAGUUUCUUUCUUUUCGGGUGCGUGGUUUGGGGUGAUUGAUCGCAGAGGAAGUGUAAUGAGCCAGUAUAGCGUACAUGCCUGUCGGAACCGCCAUGAACCCACUUGUGUGUCCCUUGACAAACGCCAGCAUCUCUGGUUUCGGAGGUCGGAAUCAUCGAUAAGAUCUCCCGCUAUUCCUACAACUCCGAUUGGGGUAAAAGCUGAUGCUGAAGAUGACGCUCCGCACGCACACACGUUAGGGCCCAUUACUCUCCCUGCCCGCGUAUCCCCCCUCUUUUCCAUGUGCUCCCCAAACACGUGCCAUCUGAUUUGCGCCUGUUCCGUGAUCGUAUCGUACAUACCGGAUAAGGGAUGGCUUGGGCACGCUGCGCGAAUAGCCUGCUGCACGUUAGACGGUGCUCCUUAA